AUGUCUAAUUCUGGUUUACCUUCCCCGCCAUUGGACGACAACAAAUCACACCUAUCAAGAAAGAUGUCGAAGCCUUCCAAGUCACUCAACAGAAGUUCGAAAAGGUCGACUUCAUCACACGAACAUAGUUCAGUUGUGUUAGAUGGACGACAUAAAAGAGUUUGGAAGGCAUGUGAAAGGUGUCGCAUGAAGAAGACCAAGUGUGAUGGAGAGUCACCAUGCAAAAGAUGUAAAGACGAUGGACUAGUAUGUACAGCUGGAAGCAGAAAGAAGACUGAAUUCAAGCAAUUACCUCGAGGGUACGCGGAAGUUUUGGAGAACACCCAAUACGCCCUGAUCGCAACAGUUCAAAAGCUUUACACAAUGAUCCGCAAUGGCGAGCAAUGGGAUCUAGGGGAACCUGAAUUGAAUGAUAGAGGGCAACCAGUUAUUCACGAUAUCGCCUCCAAGCUGGGUUGCAUACGCGCCUCACCAGACCUUCCAUACGCUUUCCCUGAAGGAGAACAAGACUUCGCUGAGUUACAAGCACAAUUACAAUCGGCGAGAUCAGAGAUGGCAUCGGAGGAUAAUGGAAGCCGCAAGCAUUCAGAAGAUUCAUCGUCAUACUCUCCCGGGCUCCAAAGAACAGACCGAGCAAGCAGCAGUGAAAGCGACCACUCAAAUUUGUCCAAAGACUACAAUCAAAUGAUGUGGGCGCAGAAACAAGCCGCUGCAAAGAUUGCGCCUCGGAAGCCUGCGCCGUUGAACAUUGCGCAAAGACCAUCAUUCGAGGAGGAGCCUAUGUACCAGAAUCGCCCUUCGUUGGAUACCACCAACUCAAUGCCUUCGCCCAUAUAUACCGACUACCAGACAGAAUCGCCCAUGUUCCGCAACGCCUCACCCUUCUCUCCGUGGGCAGGCACAGAUGAGUUUCUUGGACCGGCGCAUGCACUCGAUCUCACGGCACACUACAUGAGGCAACAAAUACAGAUCCCGAGAUCAUCGCCUCUAGCGAGACAAGGCGGAUUCGAUGCGGAUGCGCUCAAAGUAAUGCAGAUAAACGACGGAUUGAACUUUGCGGAUGGAACUAUCAGGCCAAACAUGCUUGAUUGCAAUACUGGAUACGACAUAGAUCAGAUGGACAGCAUCAUUUUCACUGGAGACUACGAGGCGCAGAUGGGUAUGGCGUAA